UCUGAUUUUCUUUAAUGCACCCAGCGUGCAGUUGGUAUAGACUGCCAAGCCCUCUGCGCUAGAAUGCAGUGGUCAUUGAAAAGUUAGGGCUCCUGCUUUGGAGUAACCGGCAUUCUAAAGAUCGUGACAAGCGCUUAUAAAAGUUACUUUAGAGUCUUACAUAUAGUUCUGGAAACGAUGAAGCAUAGUGUUCCCAGAAGGUAUUGCUAACGAGGUAACAUUUGAAUUGAGAACCAAAUGCUUGAAGCCUAAGAGGAAAUGGCAGGCACAAAAAAGCCUGGAUUUGCUGGCAGCUUCGCUUUGCCAAAGGCCCAGCUCUAAGUACUGUCCUCCCCUGCCCUCCAGCCUGCAGCUCAAAGCCACCUUCUACCUACCUCACUCCGAGCAAUCUUCCAUUGCAGGCCAAAGGCUUCUUGCACCUGGGUGGCCUCCGUACAGCCCUCUACAACUACAUCUUUGCCAAGAAGCACCAAGGGAGCUUCAUUCUGAGGCUGGAGGACACCGAUCAGAGCCGCCUGGUACCAGGGGCAGCAGAAAACAUUGAGGACAUGCUGGAGUGGGCAGGCAUCCCACCUGAUGAGAGUCCCCGCCGGGGUGGUCCUGCAGGGCCUUACUGUCAGUCACAGCGGCUGGCACUGUAUGCCCAGGCCACGGAAGCACUGCUGAAGUCCGGAGCUGCCUAUCCCUGUUUCUGUUCACCAAAACGCCUGGAGCUCCUGAAGAAGGAAGCUCUGAGGAACCGUCAGACGCCCCGGUAUGACAAUCGGUGCCGGAACCUGAGCCAGGCCCAGGUGGCGCAGAAGCUGGCCACAGAUCCCAAGCCUGCUAUCCGCUUCCGCCUAGAGGAGGUGGCACCAGCCUUCCAGGACCUGGUAUAUGGCUGGACUCAGCAUGAAGUGGCCAGUGUGGAGGGGGACCCAGUUAUUCUGAAGAGUGAUGGCUUCCCCACCUACCACCUAGCCUGUGUGGUAGACGACCACCACAUGAACAUCAGCCAUGUGCUGCGGGGCUCUGAGUGGCUGGUCUCCACCUCCAAGCACCUUCUCCUCUACCAGGCCCUCGGCUGGCAGCCGCCUCGAUUUGCUCAUCUGCCCCUGCUCCUCAACAGGGAUGGUAGCAAGCUAUCUAAGAGGCAAGGGGACAUUUUCCUGGAGCAUUUUGCUGCUGCCGGUUUUCUGCCUGAAGCCUUGCUCGACAUCAUCACCAACUGUGGCUCAGGGUUUGCAGAGAACCAAAUGGGCAGAGCCCUGCCGGAGCUGAUAACACAGUUUGACCUGACUCGGAUCACCUGCCACUCAGCCCUGCUGGACCUGGAGAAGCUCCCAGAAUUCAAUAGGCUGCACCUCCGACAGCUGGUCAGCAGUGAGACCCGGAGGCCCCAGUUGGUAGAGAAGUUGCAGGCCCUGGUGACGGAGGCAUUUGGGAGCCAGCUGCAGGACAGGGAUGUUCUGGACCCGGCAUAUGUGGAGAGGAUUAUCCUGCUGCGACAGGGCCACAUCAGCCGCCUGCAGGAUCUGGUCUCCCCAGCGUACUCCUACUUAUGGACUCGCCCUACUGUGCAUCGAGCACAGCUGGGCACCGACUCAGAAAAGGUGGAUGUGAUUGCCAAGCGGUUGCUGGGGCUUUUAGAAAGAUCUGGUUUGAGCCUAACUCAAGAUAUGGUGAACAGAGAACUGAGGAAGCUGUCAGAAGGCCUGGAAGGCAUCAAGCACAGCGGCGUCAUGAAGCUCCUCCGAAUGGCCCUCAGUGGACAGCUGCAAGGGCCCCCUGUGGCUGAGAUGAUGGUGUCCUUGGGCCCAAAGGAAGUUCGGGAACGGAUCCAGAAGGUGCUUUCUAGCUAGGGAGAAGAUACAUAGGACCGUGGAGGUGGCCUGGAGAGCAUGUGUACAUGGAAACUAAAUUCUGAGGAGAGCAGAAGGCCUGUGGCCCAUUAGGACUCUUUCAGAAUGAACAGUGGUAGAAACAGACUGACUACUCUGAUCAGCUGGACUCGGGAGCCCAGCCUGUUUCCCUUGCUGAUUCUGGGAAGGAUGGACUUGAACUCAUGUCUUGAUUCUUCUCUAUUUUUUUAAAGAUUUUUUUUUUUCCCUAAUGUGUAUGGGUGGUUUGCCUCCAUGUAUGCCUGUGUAUCACAAGCAUGCAUGCGGUGCCUGAAGAAGAGAGCAUGGGAUCCCCUGAUACUAGAGUUACAGAUGAUUGUAAACUACCAUUUGGGUACUGGGAAUUAAACCCACAUCUUCUGGCAGAGCAGCUAGUGUUUAAUUGCUGAGCUAUCUCCCAAGCCCCUUGUGUUGGUUUUCAUGCCACAUUCUACAGCAGGUGUUAGGAGCUGGUUUACAGGGAAAAAAAAAUUCAACAUUCCAAAAGAGUUCAAAGGGCUGAAGUCUUGGUUCAUAGGCUGCAUAACAAAAUACCACAGAAUAUGGAGACUUAAACAAAAAACAUCAAUUUGUGUAAUCUCCUAUGUCCAGGUGUCAUAGGGUCAGU